GACGCGGACGCGGAGACGGUGGCGGCGGGGGCCAUCGCACCCCUUGAGGCCCCGAAGGGCCCGCGGGCCCCCAAAGGGGUCAGCAUGCAGAGCAAGGAGCCCGGCCAGUCGAUGGGCCCGGCACUGGGGCCCCCUGGGGGGCUCCAAGGGCAGCAGCCCGCCAACACCGCGGAGCAUGUCCAGUACGUGGGGCCGUACCGGCUGGAGCGCACGCUGGGCAAGGGGCAGACCGGACUGGUGAAGCUAGGCGUGCAGUGUGUGACGGGCAAGAAGGUCGCCAUCAAGAUCAUCAACCGGGAGAAGCUGAGCGAGUCCGUCCUCAUGAAGGUGGAGAGGGAGAUAGCAAUCAUGAAGUUAGUGGACCACCCCCACGUCCUCGGGCUGUCCGACGUCUACGAGAACAAGAAGUACCUGUACUUGGUGCUGGAGCACGUGUCGGGCGGUGAGCUAUUCGACUACCUGGUGAAGAAGGGCCGUCUCACCCCCAAGGAGGCCCGCCGGUUUUUUAGACAAAUUAUCUCAGCUCUAGACUUCUGCCAUAGCCAUUCAAUAUGCCACCGCGACUUGAAGCCCGAGAACCUGCUGCUGGACGAGAAGAACAACAUCAAGGUGGCGGACUUCGGCAUGGCGUCGCUGCAGCCGGCGGGCAGCAUGCUGGAGACGUCCUGCGGCUCUCCCCACUACGCGUGCCCGGAGGUGAUCAGGGGCGAGAAGUACGACGGCCGGAAGGCGGACGUGUGGUCGUGCGGGGUGAUCCUGUACGCGCUGCUGGUCGGCGCGCUGCCCUUCGACGACGACAACCUGCGCCAGCUCCUGGAGAAGGUGAAGCGGGGCGUGUUCCACAUACCGCACUUCGUGCCGCCCGACUGCCAGAACCUGCUCCGCGGCAUGAUCGAGGUUAACCCCGAGAAGAGGCUCACGCUGGCCGAUAUCAACAGGCACAGCUGGGUGACGGCGGGCGGCAAGGGCGAGCUGGAGCUGGAGCUGCCCAUGAUGGAGGUGGUGCAGACGCACGUGCUGCCGUCCGAGGAGGCCAUGGACACCGACGUGCUGCAGGCCAUCACCUCGCUGGGCUGCUUCAAGGACCGGGAGAAGCUGGUGCAGAAGCUGCUCAGCUCCGACCACAACACGGAGAAGGUCAUCUACUUCCUGCUGCUGGAGCGCAAGCGGCGGCGGCCGGCCUGCGAGGACGAGACUGAGUCGGCGCUGCGGACGCGCCUCGAGACGCCCGACCCGCCCAGAAAGCGGGUGGACGUCUGCAAGGUGAACGGCACCUCCACGUCCUUCGGCAGGAUCUCCGAAGGCAGCCCGCUCACGCCCAGGAGGGUCGCCUACAACGCGCGACACCACCGGCGGCCGCUGGCGCCGUCCGUGGCCGUCACCAACCAGCAGAACUCGGUGGGCUCGGGCAGCAGCGGGCCGAGUGCGGCGCUGGCGGGCAUCCUGUCUCCGCUGCCGCAGCGCCACCACCACCACCAUCACCACCACCAUCACCACCACAACAACAGCGCGUCCCGGACGAGCUCCACGGCCGUGACGGGGCAGCAGUCCGUGCCCGGCAGCCCCAUGGUGCAGCGGGCGCGCGCCGAGAGCGUGGACAGCUCGGGCGACAACUCGGCGUCGGCGCGCCAGCACCACCACCACCACAACAGCAGCGGCGGUGUUGGCGGCGUCGGGGCCGGCAGCGGUGCCUCGAGCUCCGGGGGCGGCUCGUCGGCGAGCCACCGGUCGCGCAAGGCGUCCACGUCGAGCGGCGAGGGCUCCAGCAGCUCUGGGGGCGGCGGGGACGUCCUCAGCACGCCCCCGCCCCCACCCCCUGCCAUCGUACUGCGCAGCGCGCCCGGCGGCACCCUGGCCAGCCUGGGGCCCUUCACCCCGCCCGGCUCGCCCAUCGCGUCGGGCGUGAGUUCCGGCGUGAGCGCGGGCACCCACUGGCGGUCGCGCCUCAACACCCUCAAGAACUCCUUCCUGGGCUCGCCGCGCUUCCACCGCCGGAAGCUGCAGGCGUCGUCCGAGGAGGUGCACCUGACGCCCGAGUCCUCUCCGGAACUAACGAAGAAGUCGUGGUUCGGGUCCCUGAUGGCCACGGAGCGGGACGAGACCUUCACGAUCCUGCUCAAGGGGCGGCCGCUGGCUAACGUCAAGGCCGACCUCAUCCACGCCUUCCUCUCGAUAGCGGAGCUGAGCCACUCCGUGGUGUCGCCGCUGUCCUUCCGGGUGGAGUACCGCCGCGGCUCGGCAGGCCCGGCCAUGUUCCAGCGGCAGGUCCGCUUCCAGGUGGACCUGUCCUCGGUGGCCAAGGACCCGCAGGACCCCCUGUACGCCAUCACCUUCACCCUGCUGUCGGGCAACAUCCGCCGCUUCCGCCGUCUGUGCGAGCUCAUCCAGGCCCAGGUGUGCAGCCGGCGGCCGCCGCCCAGCCCGCGCGCGCAGCGCAAGUUCGCCCAGGAGCUGAGCGAGUCGUCAUCCUGCGGCUCGGACACCUCGGAGAGGCUGUCGCCGCACCCCGGCACCAGACAAAUGUCCUGGUCGCACGUGGAGUCCGACUUGGAGAGCGACUCGUCCGUGUUCGACGUCAAGAGCCCGUCCAGAGACAACGGCAACUCGGUGCUGGCGCGCCGCCGCUCGUCCGCCUCCAACAACAACAACCUCGUCUCGGCCAACGGCUCCUCCACGGCCAACGGCAGCCUGGGCAGCGCCAACGGGCCCUCCAACGGCUCGGCCAACAACACUGCGGACGGCAGCCUGGCGGGGAGUCUGGCGGGCAGCUUGGCGGGCAGCCUGGUGUCUCCACAGGGUGAGAGGCCACCAGGUGACGCAACCGCCAGCGCCAACGCCAGCGCCCUCAGCUCGGCGGCGGGGACUCCUGGGACGCCCGGCACCAACCCCGGGACGCCCGGGACGCCGCCGCCGCGCUCCAGCAGCGAGAGCAGAACGGGCAGAACGUCGCCGCCGCGCACGUCCAGGUCGGCGCAGUCCUCCGGAUCCGUGGCGUGAUCGCUCGCCUCGGAGUCCUGGGCGGACCGCGCGGCCGGAGUCCUACCCGAAGGCACACUGCCCCCUAGGGAUUGAUUGGGAGUUCCUGACACUUCGAUGGCCAAUUUUAAAUUCCGAAGGUGUGUCAGGAGCUCCCAACAGAACGCGGAGGGGUCCGCGCCCUGGCCGCCGAAGGACCGGUAAAGGCGUGGCCUCGCUGGCCUCAUGUGAAUAUUUCUCUUCUAAACGGUGGACGUUGCGUCUUUUUUAAAAACCCAUUGUUAAAUACUUUGCAAAUACACAAGAGACAAUGCAGGAACCUGCAAGGCUAGAGCGCCACAAAAGCUAAUGUCGUUUUAGCUCUAGAAUCGAUUUUGUGAUAUUUGUAAUAACACUGAAUUCCGAAAUGGUCUUCCUGUAUCUAUUCCACAAGUUGUGUACAUAUUGUUUGAGAAGGCGCUUAGGGCCGACAGGGCCUCAGAGGGCCGGGGCUCCUGAGGGCCCCGAGCAGGCCCCUUGGGGACUUUGGUCCCGAGAGCAUUUUGUGAUACUCUAUGCAAAUCAUUGACGGAUGUGAUGUGAGAGCUGUUUCGGCGUGUUUUGUGUUUUGUGUGAGUGGGCCAAAGGCAGAGAAUGAUGUUAUAAUUGCUUCAGCUAUAAUACUCAAAUCAAAACUCAACUCAUAUUGAAAAAAAAUUUAUAAGCUAAUUUAUUGUUUGUAUACUGUUGGUUCCCUCUGUCUGGCAGCUGGCAAGAUACUGCUCCCCCGAAAUAAAUAGAGAUUUUGGUCUUGAAUUGACGUACUGAGUAGGCUACUAUGGAAGCUGUCAAGCUCAGUGCCAAAACAUGUUGGACUAUGUAAGAUUAUUUGUUGAAUGGCUUCGCGAAGUUUGUGUUGAUAUGUUGGUAUGAAUAAGGAAAGGGAGAUGUGUUUGUAUUUACGCUUCUAUUGUUUAUUAUGAAAUCACUGUUGUUCUCAGUUCCUAAGUUCUCAUGUUCAAAGGAGCUGACCUUUUUUUUAUAAUUGCGUUGGGCAUAGUAUUUAUUGCUUCGAUAUAAACUAAACGUAUUGUUAAAAUAGGACAGACUGAGAGCGUCUCUUGUAAGCCCCUCAUUUUGAAUUUAUUUUUCACAAGGCAAAUCAAGUUUGGGAUGGCUGUACAACGCCGUAAAAGCUGGUGAAAGUCUUUCAAUCUUCGGGUACCGCUUGAGAUCGCCAGCUGUUCGCCGUCCAGUUAGGCACAGCACCUUUUCUUUUUUCAAUGGUGCGGACCGAAAAUGGUGAACCUCGCAUCCCAAAACGUCAAUUCGAUUCCCCAUCUUUUUAUUCUACGAAGUUUAUUUUUAAUCAACCAAAACAGAUGUUCUAUUUUUAAGAAAUGUUUCGUCGAUGAAGAACCUAGUCAAAAUUAGAUGAGAUAGUUGAAUGAGGCGCCAACAUUUCUCUAUGACGUUCCGGGGUCUGGUAAACCCCCUACUCCUUUUUUACCCCUAUUCAGAGUACAGUCCCUUAGUUCUAUUAAAACAAAAAUUUGCAACUUUUUUCUUCGACAGGAAGCGCUUUUUUAACGAAUAUCUGCCUUUACUCCAAACGUGCAAAUAGUCAUGCAUUAAUUCAAAUGUUUUCGUAAAGAAAUGACGUGAAAACUAGGUUGCUCGUUUUCGAGAGGCGUAGGCUUCCUGUUAGGUCUAGGGAUAGGAGCUGUGGAUUAAUCAAAUCUCGAAUCCAUCCACCGAUUUUGAAAAAUGUGCCUGGCCCACCGUACGGAGUUGGCUCCGCAAGUGUGCCGCUCCGCAAGUGUGAUAAUCUAGAGGAACUGAGCUUAAUGAGGGUCGCGGCGCGCCCGCGAGAAAGAAGUGGUAUUUAUAUACGUCUAGUAUCGUGUGUGUGUAUCUUUCUUGUCUUUUUUCUAUUUGUCCAAAAAAAGGCACUCCCAUUUUGUUACGAUAGUACAUACAAUCACUGUGUCUUUGUACAUACUAUGGUGCCGGUAUAUAAAUGCUACUUUGCUUGUGCAAUAAAGUCUAGCCCACCAAUCGAA